GGGAAUUGUAUACGCAAGGAGGGAAAGAUAGAAGUGGCCGUUUGAGUGGACUCCUUAGUCCUUACCACCCGAGUGGCGCAACCUCAAACUGAAGUCACCGGCGGACACCUUCUUCUCGGAGAGCGCCACUCGCUUCAGCCAGAUCAAAGAAUCUUAGAUCGACAAUUCAAUACUUGAGAUCUGAUACUUUUCACAUUGCAAUUUGUCCUCCUUUUAUCAAUUUAUCGAUUGUUUGGAUUGGAUCUUCAAGAUCUACGACCGGAGGAGGAACAACAGGAGAGGGGCGCAUAUUAAUUCCAAUGGCAGCAGUAAAGCCUGGUUUGAUUGCUUUGUUUGAUGUUGAUGGCACUCUUACAGCUCCAAGAAAGAUGGCUACUCCAGAGAUGAUUGAGUUCAUGCAGGAACUCCAGAAGAAUGUCACAGUUGGAAUUGUGGGUGGAUCUGACCUUUCCAAGAUAUCAGAGCAGCUCGGGAAAACAGUUGUUAAUGAUUAUGACUAUGUAUUUUCUGAGAAUGGCCUUGUGGCUCAUAAGGAUGGGAAACUCAUUGGCACCCAGAGCUUGAAAUCAUUUGUUGGAGAAGAGAAGCUCAAGGAAUUUAUAAACUUUACCCUCCACUAUAUUGCUGACUUGGAUAUCCCGAUAAAGAGGGGGACAUUUAUAGAAUUUCGAAGUGGGAUGCUCAAUGUGUCACCUAUUGGGCGGAACUGCAGCCAAGAAGAAAGAGAUGAGUUUGAAAGGUACGACAAGGUUCACAAUGUACGUCCAAAAAUGGUAGCUGUGCUUCGUGAAAAGUUUUCUCACCUCAACCUUACAUUUUCUAUUGGAGGGCAAAUAAGUUUUGACGUUUUCCCCCAAGGAUGGGACAAGACGUACUGCCUUAGAUACCUUCAAGAUUUUCAUGUCAUCCACUUCUUCGGUGACAAAACUUACAAGGGCGGAAAUGAUCAUGAAAUUUAUGAAUCGGAGAGGACCAUUGGUCAUAAAGUUACCAGCCCAGAGGACACGAUGGAGCAGUGCAAAAAAUUAUUCAUAGUAAAACCCUGAAAGGCUGAAUCUCUGUGGCAGUCUUUUUAUUUUAAUUAUCUGCCAUUUGUAAUCUUUAUAAAUUGAAAAAUAAAUGCUAAGCAGACACUCUUGUACAAGUUUGUAACCUAUACGAUUUGAUUGUGGAUGAAGAGGUGAAACUCAUUGUAAUUUUGUUUUUCUUGUACCAUCGGACUUCCAUCUAUUUUGUUUUUCUUGAAA